ACGAGGGAACCUGCUGCUGGUUGUAGCAGAGCUGUGAUCGGAGGAGCGAUCUCCCGACAAGGAUCAUUAGAUGAGCCCUCUCCUCCUCUGCAUUUCUCUGUGUGUGAUCUUAUAAUACAAAUCCAUCGGAUUGGGGAUCUCAGUGUGUGGGGCAGACAUGCGUUCAAUAAGGAAGAGGUGGACGAUCUGCACGAUCAGCAUCCUUCUGAUCUUCUAUAAAACCAAAGAGAUCGCAAGGACUGACGAGCACCAGGACCCACAGCUCAAUGGAGAUGGUGAUCUUAGCUUAAGCAGACUGAUCGUAAACAGCUCUGAAAAAACCCUAAGAAAAGAAGUCUUUCCUCAUUCUGGAACAGGCUGGAAGAUCAAUUCUUCACUGGCUCUGGAGAUACGAAAAGACAUCCUUCGAUUUCUGGAUGCAGAGAGAGAUGUGUCUGUAGUUAAAAGUAGCUUCAAGCCGGGAGAUGUAAUCCAUUAUGUCCUGGACAGACGUCGCACGUUAAAUAUUUCAAAAAAUCUGCACAGUCUUUUGCCUGAAGUAUCACCUAUGAAGAGCCGUCGCUUUGAGACAUGCGCAGUCGUGGGGAAUUCUGGAGUCCUCCUGAACAGUGGAUGUGGCAUGGAGAUUGACAGUCAUGACUUUGUAAUAAGGUGCAACUUGGCUCCGGUGGUUGAAUUUGCAUCUGACGUUGGAACCAAAUCAGAUUUUAUUACCAUGAACCCCUCGGUGGUACAAAGAGCGUUUGGAGGCUUUCGUAAUGAGACUGACCGGCAGAAGUUUGUACAUAGACUCUCCAUGCUUAAUGACAGUGUCCUGUGGAUUCCAGCCUUCAUGGUCAAAGGUGGAGAGAAACAUGUUGAGUGGGUUAAUGCACUAAUCCUUAAAAACAAACUAAGAGUACGAACUGCCUACCCAUCAUUGAGACUCAUUCAUGCUGUCAGAGGGUACUGGCUUACAAACAAAGUACAAAUCAAGAGACCAAGCACCGGCCUUCUGAUGUAUACCCUGGCAACGCGGUUUUGUGAUGAAAUUCAUCUGUAUGGAUUCUGGCCCUUCCCUAAGGAUAUUUAUGGAAAUAUAGUCAAAUAUCAUUAUUACGAUGAGCUGAAGUAUAGAUAUUUUUCUAACGCUGGCCCUCAUAGGAUGCCACUGGAAUUCAAGACACUGAAUUUAUUACAUAAUAAAGGAGCAUUGAAACUGACAACUGGAAAGUGUGAACAGCAAUAACAGUUUCUGAAAUGUAACAAGUUACAAAAUCUCACUUGAGAUAUUUUUAGGAUAUUUUGGAGCUGUGCUCUUUUUAAAGGAUAUAAAAUAGUGUUACUCCUUAAAACCCACGCUUGAAGCUGGAUUACUGUUACUAGAUGAUCAGUUGGGACGCCAGGUGCUAUAAACAAAGCUACUGUAGGACGUUUGAAUGAAGUAAGUGCCACAUUUUAAUAGAAAACAUGAAUGUUCAACUCAUGUUUACAAGACAAAAGCAAUCACCAUGGAUUUGAAGAAAGAGAUGAAGAGAUGAAUCCCCUAUACAUGUAAUGGAACCCAGAAAGAACAGAUCAGAUCUGAGUGAUGCACAGUGGCAUUUGAAAAACUACCGGCACCUAGUUUACAUUCACAUUUGGAAAUUUGUGUUCACGUGGCUUAACGUGAUGCUGUUGGUCCCAUCCUUUUGAUUGCCCUUGUAUUAUGAAUUUGUAAUUUUUCUAAACUUGUUUUGUAGAUUAGAAACAGAUAUGAAUGCUAUGAACUAGAAUAGACAAAUAGAUUGGUUUAAUAUAGACCUUAGCAUGGCUUUGAGGGAUAAUACACUCAAUCGCAUUUUACUGCCAGUAUCUAUAGUGUUCUGAACUUAUGCUUCAAGUAAGUUGGUAGUAAUUUGAGUCAGGCCAUGUGUCACAGAAGAAAAAGAGUUACAAAAUGACAACUAUGAAUGUUGUGUUUGCCUUCUGUAAAGAUCUUGACUGAACUUUUUUUUAAAGUGGAAUCAUCACCCACACAAUGCGUGGUACCAUUAACUUGAAAUAACCAACAUUCAUCCGAUCAAUACUACAGAGUCUAGCAACAUCACUGUUUAGGGAGAAAUGGGUUUUAAUGAGAGUUUCAGUCAGAGGAUUGGAUUUUAGUAAACAGUAAAAGUGCAUAGUUAGUGUGUUGAAACUUAAAGUAGAGUUAAAGUCACACAAUAACCUCUUUUGCCAUUUAAUUUGUCCAUGUGUGCUUUCCCUGUGCUUUGCAGAUCUGUAUGCUAUUUGUAAAAACACUCCAACAGUAACUGAGCAUCAUAGUUUUACUGUUGCAACUAUGGCAGGAGGUGGCUUUAGCUGCACUGUGUGCUACUUGCAGUCCAAUUUGGAGUGCACAGGUAAGGCCUUGUACACACGAUCAGUCCAAACCGAUGAGAAUGGUCCGAUGGACCGUUUUCAUC